AGAAAGUAAAAGUUAACAAGAAGAGACACGUGUGUCAUGUUUCCCUUCAUGCUUUUUUUUUUUCCUCACUUUGAAUGACAUAAUAAACACAGUGAUAGAAACACAGAAUCGUUUAGGUUGGAAAAGACCUCUGAGGCCAACUUUUGACUGAUCACCAGCAUCUCAGCUAGGCCAUGGCACAGACUGCCACGUCCAGCUGUAUUUUGAACAUCUCCAGGGCUGGUGACUCCAUCACCUCCCUGGGCAGCUCAUUUCAAUGUUUAACAACCCUGUCUGUGAAAAAAUUCCCCUUGAUGUCCUUGACCCUCCCCUUGUGCAGCUUGAAGCUCUGUCCUCUUGUCCUGUCACCACUUGCCCGGGAGAAGAGACCCCCUGUCACUGAUGAUCAAGGACUGACUGCCACGAUGCUGAGAGGAGUUGCUCACGGUGCUAAAGACACGUUCACUCUUCUGUUGACAAGAUCGCAGAGCUGUAACCCAGGACUGAAGUUUUCACCAGUAUGGCCUGACAUAGCAAACAGAAGCUUCCUAAUACAUUCCAGUUACACAACUGAUACCAAGUCAAGAGAGGAAAAUAAAACAACUCUUGAGACUCUCUACAGUUUGUCAGUUGACAUCACGAAGAUACGCAGACUGAAGGAAUGGGUCCUUCUCCAGGAAGUGGCCUAUGUUAAAGAAAUUGCUGGUAUCUUACAGGAAAUGGGAGCAGAUGAGACCACUGUAGCCAACAUUAUAGAACGCUGUCCCGAGGCAAUUCUCCACACCCCAGCAGAGAUAAACUCUCAAAGAGCUUUAUGGCAAUUAGUAUGCCAGAAUGAAAAACAGCUGAUUAAAUUAAUAGAGCAAUUUCCAGAGUCUUUUUUUACUACUGAGUAUCAGCAGAACCAGAAGGCAAACAUACUGUUUUUUCAAGAGCUGGGACUUAAGAAUAAUAUAAUCACCAGGUUCUUGACAAGUGCACCCAAUAUUUUCUAUAACCCUGUCGAGAAAAACAAAAAUGUAAUAGAGACAUUACAAAGAAAUUAUUUAAAUUUAGGGGGUUCUGAAGCAAAUAUGAAGAUCUGGAUACUGAAGCUAUUGAGCCAAAAUCCAUUUAUUUUAUUAAAUACUUCCACUGCAAUCCAGGACAACUUGGAAUUUCUCCAAAAGAAUGAUUUCACUGACCAGGAAGUUCUACAGCUGCUGUCCAAACUUAAAGGCUUCAUUUUUCAACUUAAUUCUGCCACUAUGCAGAAGAGUAUGCUUUUCUCCAAGAACACCUUCAAGUGCAGUGAUCAUGAACUAAAACAACUAGUGCUGAAAUGUCCAGCCCUUCUCUACUAUUCUGUUCCAGUUUUGGAAGAAAGACUUGAAGGACUACUGAAGGAAGGAAUUUCUAUAGCACAGAUUAGAGAGACACCAAUGGUGCUGGAGUUGACAACACAAAUCAUUCAAUACCGAAUUAAAAAGCUCUCUGCAUUAGGAUAUGAUAUAAAGACUGGAAACCUAGAAAGCUUGAAUGGUACUAAGAAAGAUUUUGAAGUCACUUAUGGUAAGAUACAAUCAAAGAAGGAGAGACCAAUUUUUAAUCCUGUUGCUCCUCUACACAUUGAAGAUUAAUUUGAAUGCUGUACUUCAAGUUAUGGAAAAGCAAAUUAAAAGGGAAGUUGGUUCUUUGAGAAGAGAUGGAACAAAAGCUAUCUUUAUCAAGACUGUAGUCUUACACUGCACUUUGUCCAGGAGGGAGUCUUAGGCACUACUUCACUAUACAAUUGUAGUGUUCCCAUUAUACAAUUGUAGUGUUCCAAUGCUUUUAAAUAAUAUUCUAGAAGUUAGUUAUGAUAAAAGUUGCCUUUUUUAAAGAUGUGAUAUUUUCUUACCUGAUGGGGCAUUAACUGCCUUAGAUUAUCAUCUCUAUGAGUGCACAGUCCAGCCUGUGGUAGUGAUUAGCAUUUUUUAUCUGAGGAAGACAAAAGGAGGAUUAUUAUUUUUCCAGCAGUGUUCAUCAGUCUGCUGGUUCACUGUCUUCAGGGAACACUCUUGGAGUUCUUUUCCUUAUUGCUGAACUAACUCUAGCUCCUGGAUCCUCACCUGCAACAGACUUGAUUUCUUGGACAGGAAAGCCUUGUCCUGAGCACAGGGGUGGGACAUGAUGGUUUUUUUAUUCAUUGACUGCUGCAGUGUGUGUACAAACCAUAAUGCAAAGAAACUACAGGAUGACAACCUCUACAUUUCUGAGACCUCAAAAUUUACUUAUUUUUCAAAAGGUUUGCAACAGGAGGAAAUUUAUUGCUGUUGUAUAGUUCUUAAUUUCUUCUGGCAAUGUUUGGGGACAGGAGAGAUUAGGGAGACUCAAGUCUCAAAUGGUGGUAGGAGAAAAUAAAAAAUCAUGCUUUUCUAUUAGACGCAACAAAAUUCUAGUCUGUAAACCACUGGUGAUUAAACGUGACUACCAGAUUUGCAAACAGCUGCAACAGUUUCUAAAUAUAUGAGUGGCACUGCUUCUCAGAUAACACCAUAUGACAAUUGGUGACAAGUGCUGGCUUUCAAAAUAGUAACUAUCAGUGUUUAAGUUCUCAGGGGAUUUGAUUUCUUCUCAUUUAUGGGCUGUGAAUGAUAAUAUAAAAUAGCAGCAGCACUGACAAUCAUAUCAAUAGAAUUAGGAUCAUCAGUGAUUUUACUUCUCAGACUUUCCCAAGUAGCUAUUCCACACAUAUUCCCUCUUAACAACAGAAUAAAAACCAGCUACACACUAUCCUCACUCGGCAUUCUUCAAGGUCAUUUUUAACACACAUUUUGGCAGCAAGUCCAGGCCUCCAUUUCUUAAAAUGUGGUUUGUAAUUGCUGAAGAAAGCUGGUGUUGAAUUACUGGUCCAGAGGGUGGCCUGCAAGAUGAUGAUUUUCUAUAGUCUGCCACAUUAUCUGCUGUGGAUUGGGAAGGGCUGGCAACCCCUGGUGGGAACAGUGCCAAGAUCUCAACAGCUGAAGGUCUUCCAGUGGGCGCUCUGCAGCCAGUGCAGACGUGACAGGCGUUUCCAGGGCAAACGCCACUCCUGCAGGAGCACGCAACAGCAGCAGGAAUUCAGGAAGGGGAUGAAUCACCAGCAAGAAGAGUCAGGCUGUGGUACCAGGCUGUGUCUGUGCUGAAUCUUACAAAACACAUUACCGUUUUUAAGAGGAAACUAGGAAGACAGCUGUAUUAAAAAUGCACAGGAGCUUCUGCCUUUGUCACUUUCUGACAUGUUCUUCCCGUGUCAGCUAUUAGGCAGACCACAAUAUUAUCUAAAUUCAAAAGCCUGCUUUCCUUAGACACAAAGGGGCAUUUCAGCUCUGCAGAGCUCUUCCGAACACAACCUGUAACGGAGCCAGAGACCUGAUUGAUAGCUUAGGAGGAAAAGGAAACCCAGACCUAAACCAGUGCUUCCCUUGAAUAUUUAGUUCCAGCAUUUUCAAGUAUCUGUUUUUACAAAGUUCUUGAAACAGCUUAUUCCCAUCACUUAAAUUAUGUCCAGUGGCAACAGAACAGGAAAAGGAUGUAUUUCCUUAACUAAGUCACAGCCUGAGUUAUCACAAACUCAUUUUGCAUUCUGAAUGUUUCAGUUUCUCUUCCACUUUCAAAAUAAAAACAUAAGCAGAAAUGCUCUUCUUCUCUACUACCAGAUGAAAAUUCAGUCAAUCCUUCAUUCCUAACUUUAUCAGGGGAUUUGUUUCUCUCUGCUUCAUAGCAUUCAUUUACAAUAAAACCUCAGGAAAGCUCCCAGUCACCAAAACACUGUAUUGCUGAAAUCCUCAUCUUUUGUUAUGCAGUGACUGUGGAUGAGCCUGUAAGCCUUUCACUACCUAGAGAGCAGUCAGGCAUACAAGCCGCCUUCAUAAACAUUUCCCCUUUUGAAAUGGGGACUGGGAAAAGGAAAGGAAAUAAAGGAAAAUAACGAAAAAGUAAAUAAAGCUAUCACAAAACCAGUCCCAAGACAAAAGAAGCUCACUCCCCCAGAAAAUUUCAGUUCUAUAUUCCAUUCAGCUCACUAUGAUUUUAAAAUGGGUUAUUCCCAAGCAUCACUGACCAGGGAAAAUCAGUGCAAAGGAUUUUGUGCUGUGUUUGUGCACAGCUUACACACUGAAAUUACAGCUUUUGUUAUAAGAGCUGGCUGGUGCUAAGUAGAUACAAAUAAAAGAUACUCUGGAGCAUGGUAGUGUGGGAAGAUUUACACGUAAGUAUGGCUUUCUCCACAAAACUAAGGAAGCUUUCAAAUGUCUGAAACAGCAACAAUUUAAUGUUUCACAGGUGCCAGGACAGAAUUUGAACAAGUUUUUAAGAUGAAGCGAGUUUCAUAAGUGAAUGGAAAACACACAGGAUAUAGGACAAAGCUCUUUGAAAACUAAAACCAUAUGUAAAAGUGUUUCAGUUACAAGACUCAAAAUAAUAGCUACAGGAUAUGUUACGAAAAAAACAUAAUGAAGUGUUGGCAACUCUUCAGAUACCUAACAUUGCUUCUCUCAGACCACACUUGUUUUGCUGCAAGUUUCAUAGUAUAAAAAUUAAAGAAUAUACUAAAAAAAAAGGGUAUGACCAGCUCAACAUUCCCAUUUUCAGCAAAACUACUAAGGAAGGGUUUUGUUGAGUGUCACAAAUUCUCACUGUGCUCCAAACAGGUGACUCUUUAAGAGUUCAGUGACAGCACUUGGGGAACACAGCUACACUGGAAAUCGCAGGGGAGCAGACCACACUAAAUUAUGUGCUGCAGCUAGAUUGCCUCUGAUACCCAGGCUAGCUCAUUUCUAGAGCUAGCUGGUACCUCUAAACCAUAAUAUAAUCGAUGCAAUUUGCUUUUAUCAAUAAAAAAACCCACAAAAACAGUUAAAGUCUUCCGUUUGUUGCAUGAACUUACCUCAUGACACCGUUGCAGCAGAUCAGAACCAAGCAGCUGGUGCAUCUAACAGAAGAAGCAGAUGCCAUUUCUUGGGUUUUUGCUCUCCCCACCACCCCAGGCUCCCAUGCUUACAAGUAUCAUGCUUCCAACAUAGACAAUUUCUGAUAUAAAAUAAAGUUGUUACAGAGUGCCGUUGAAGUACCAAUGGCUCAGAGAGAUUGGGUGACUACAGUACCAUAAUUGAGACAUGGUGUAGUUUCAACACCCAUGAACAGAGGACUAAGUUUGACAAGUGAUAUGUUCUGGGUUUUUUUUUUUUUUCAUUUCUAAAAAGUAACCCCUCAUGUAUCUUAGUACAACCACAGCCACUGAAAAAGUAAGAGUACAAGUUCUCCAUAGAAACACAAGUUUUUAGAAAAUACUGCAUACAGCACAAACAGAUGCCUUCCAUGGGCUUCCAAAGAGGUUACUUAUUUGCAAAAUCAGUACACAAAUAAAAGAUCAGAAAUGGUUUAUAUUUUAAGGCAACCUCACGCUGUGCCAUUACAAGUGCAUUUUGCCUCUCACACUGCAGAGGAUGUAAAGGUGUUCCCAUCUAAGGUGUCAACAUUUGGAAUCUGUCAGUAUACAAAUUACUUGAAUUAUGUUUUUGUUUUUUAAGGCCUCAUCUACUGUUUUUGGUUUUUUUAAAUAAAAGUAUUGCAUUUUACUCAAAAAUCAAAGUGAAAAGUAUGAGAAAUGUAGUGAAAAUUUCCUUGCAUUUGCUUAAACAGAGCAAAAAGCUAACCUGGUGCAUCACAGAGUUGAGAGAACAGCUUUGCUAGUUCUUCAGUGGUUUCCAGCUACACAAGAAUUCCUAGCAAGUUAGACAGCUGUGCUGCAUGACCACAAAGAUCAGUGCAGUUUUCACAGGCUGUCAUUUUUUCUAGUGUCUACAAGAAGUUUAUUAGAAGCAAGUUCUCACUUGCAGGAGAUAGAUGCGUAUUAUUAAAUACACCUGAGAUGAAGCAAUCGUGUUUUCAGUAAAAAUUGACAAAGUUUCAGAUAUCAGGAUUUAUAAAGAGCCUAAAGCUCAUUCUGUAAACUGCACUGAAACAACAAGACAGUUCUUUA